UUUGUCCCCGUUUAUCGUUCAGUUGGUAUGCUUUUGUUGAUAAAGGUCUGAAAUUGUGAUAUAGUUCAAUCUCUUUAGACAAUCGAUUGUACCAUAGAACUUCAGGUUGUCAUGUAUUAAUCAAAAUGCAAAAUAAAAGAGUUCGAUAUGACUUUUAAACAAAAGAAGAAAAACUUAAAAGUGAAGAUAUUCUAAUCUAAACGGACGUUUCAAAGUGAACCAAUGAUUACAGCGUUUCAUUAAAAAACAACAUAAUUCCAAAUAACUAAUUGAAAGUAAAGCCUACACAACUAAGCGCAUACAUUUCGUUACAAAUGAUUUGCAAAGAAGUCUAGUGCAAAUUUUAGUUCAAUUUCGAGAGAAGAAUACACCAAAACUUACUCAAACAUACGUCAGUGUUUUUUCUAAGUACAUCUAUAUAGUUGCCCUCGUUUCUAAGAUGGGUAAUAACGCUACUACGUCUAAUAAAAAAGUAGAUGCUGCCGAGACUGUUAAAGAAUUUCUUGAGCAAGCUAAAGAAGAAUUUGAAGAUAAGUGGCGGAGAAAUCCGACAAACACCGCGUCUUUGGAUGACUUCGAACGUAUUAAAACCUUAGGAACCGGUUCCUUUGGGCGUGUGAUGAUUGUACAACAUAAACCAACAAAAGAUUACUACGCUAUGAAGAUUCUUGAUAAACAGAAGGUUGUUAAACUUAAACAGGUCGAGCAUACCUUGAAUGAAAAACGUAUACUCCAGGCUAUUCAAUUUCCAUUUCUUGUUUCGCUUCGUUAUCAUUUCAAAGACAAUUCCAAUUUGUAUAUGGUAUUGGAAUAUGUUCCAGGAGGAGAAAUGUUUUCACAUUUACGUAAAGUUGGUCGUUUUUCAGAGCCGCAUUCGCGAUUUUACGCUGCACAGAUCGUACUAGCUUUUGAAUAUCUUCACUAUCUUGAUCUAAUUUAUCGAGAUCUAAAGCCAGAGAACUUGUUAAUUGAUUCACAAGGAUAUCUUAAAGUUACAGAUUUCGGAUUUGCUAAACGCGUCAAAGGCCGUACAUGGACACUCUGCGGCACUCCAGAGUAUCUCGCUCCGGAGAUUAUAUUAUCUAAAGGUUACAACAAAGCUGUUGACUGGUGGGCUCUUGGAGUACUCGUUUAUGAAAUGGCAGCUGGUUAUCCGCCAUUUUUCGCGGAUCAACCCAUUCAGAUAUACGAAAAAAUCGUAUCAGGAAAAGUACGUUUCCCCUCGCAUUUUGGGUCUGAUUUGAAAGAUUUAUUGCGUAAUCUUUUACAAGUCGAUUUGACGAAGCGUUACGGAAAUUUAAAGGCCGGUGUAAAUGAUAUUAAAAACCAAAAAUGGUUUGCCUCGACAGACUGGAUUGCAAUCUUCCAGAAAAAAAUUGAAGCACCCUUUAUUCCUCGAUGUAAAGGACCCGGUGAUACUAGCAACUUUGAUGAUUAUGAGGAAGAGGCGCUUCGAAUUUCUAGCACAGAAAAAUGUGCAAAGGAAUUUGCUGAAUUCUAAUGGAGUCGUUUAUUUAUUUAUAUAUAUAUUUUUUUGCAUGUUGACGCGGAGUAACAGAAUUAUAACUUGAUCGAAUUAAAAGCAUUAUUAAUAAUAUUAUAAAAAAAGAACUCUCUACUUGCGCUCGACAUUUCUCACCGGGUUUACUGAUGUUUGAAAAAAAACUACCUAUAAAUAAUUGUUUAAAAAAUAUUGCAAGCCAAAAUUAUUUUAAGUAUGAAGACUUCACAAAGAAUUAAAUUCCAAACGCACUAGAUCUUUAUUGUGAAAAUCACAUAUAUUCUAAAAAAAAAAUGUGCAAUUCAUCCAUGCAAGAAGGGACCAAAGUGAAAAGAAUAUGAGCAUAAGUUGGGAUAUUGUAUUCACUUACGGAGAGCGCUUUAGUUGAUUUAACCUGGAUAACAUAAAUAAUAAUGACGAAAUAAUUGAAGCCGUUUGCAUACAACUGGAGCCAACAUUAAAAUGAAUACAUCCAAGUUGCAUGCCUAUACAUGCAGUAUAAUAAACUAUGAGUUCACUGGAGAAGCAUUGCUAAGCGACAUCAAUAACCCUACAGUAAGAAGACUUCAUUGAAAUUUGGGAAUGUAAUACAAAAUAAUGAAAAUACAUGUAUAAGAAUGUGUUGCAACUAAAAGUUUAUAAUAUAAGUAGUAAAGAAAUAAUAUCCAUUAUUAUUCAUUGAAAAUUCAAACUAAUAUGUGACGAAUCAUAUACCAUACACUCUUCUUAAUAAAUAAAACAAUAAAAAGGAAGUUAAAAAGUAAACCGAAA